UCCCAACCUGCCGCUGCAGCCUCUCACUAGGUCCGCCUCCCGGGAUGCCCCUGCAGGUCAGCGAGUACAGCUGGCAGCAGACGGAGACUGCGGUCUUCCUCUCCGUGCCCCUCCGGGGCGUCUGCGUCAGGGACGCGGACGUGUUCUGCACGGAAAACUACCUGAAGGUCAACUUUGCUCCAUUUUUAUUUGAGGUGUUUCUCUAUGCUCCCAUUGACGAUGAGAGCAGCAAAGCUAAGAUUGGGAAUGACACUAUUGUUUUCACCUUACAUAAAAAAGAAGCCGUCAUGUGGGAGGCCCUUUCUGUGUCAGGUGUUGACAAAGAGAUGAUGCAAAGAAUAAGAGAAAAAUCUAUUUUAAAAGCACAAGAAAGAGCAAAAGAAGCUACUGAAGCAAAAGCUGCAGCAAGGCGGGAAGAUCAAAAAUAUGCACUAAAUGUCAUGAUGAAGAUUGAAGAUGAAGAGAGGGAAAAAAUAGAACGUAUAAAAGAAAAUGAACGGAUAAAAGCAACUAAAGAAUUGGAAGCCUGGAAAAAACAUCGAAGUAAAGCUGAAGAACAAAAAAUAAUUCAAAGAGAAGAUAAGUUACACCAACAAGAAAAGCAAAUAGAAGAGGGAAAGAAAUUAAAACAUAAAAGUUUUCCUAGAAAUUCGACAUCGAGAAAUCUUGCCACAAAAGGGAGAAACUCAGAAAACAUAUUUUCUGAGAAGUUAAAGGAAGACAGUAUUCCUGCUCCUCGCUCUGUAGGCAGUAUUCAAGUCAACUUCACCCCUCGAGUAUUCCCAACUGCUCUCCGGGAAUCACGAGUAGCAGAAGAAGAGGAGUGGCUACACAAACAAGCAGAGGCACAAAGAGCAAUGAAUACUGAUAUUCCUGAACUUAGUGAUUUAAAAGAAGAAGAAAAGAACCCAGAAUGGUUGAAGGAUAAAGGAAACAAAUUGUUUGCAACAGAAAACUAUUUGGCAGCUAUUAAUGCAUACAACUUAGCCAUAAGACUAAAUACUAAGAUUCCACUAUUGUAUCUGAAUCGGGCUGCUUGCCACCUAAAAUUAAAAAACUUACACAAGGCCAUCGAAGAUUCUUCUAAGGCACUAGAAUUAUUGACACCACCUGUUGCAGACAAUGCUAAAGCAAGAAUGAAGGCAUAUGUACGACGUGGAACAGCAUUCUGUCAACUAGAAUUGUAUGUAGAAGGCCUACAGGAUUAUGAAGCUGCACUUAAGAUUGAUCCAUCCAACAAAAUUGUACAAAAUGAUGCUGAGAAGAUUCGGAACAUAAUUCAAGGAACAGAAGUAAAAUCUUAAUGACUACUGGAAGCAACUAGGUAUUGUAAUGAGUUUUGUUUAGAGUUUUUUCAAAAUAACUGGAGGCAUUGGGAAUCUUUGUACAUGUUAUGGGUAAUUGUGCAGAAUCACUUUAUUUUAGUGCUCUAGUGCUGU